CUUCCGGAACUAACACACAAAGAUGGCUGACGUCCUAAGUAUUUUGCGUCAAUACAAUAUCAACAAAAAAGAGAUUGUAGAAAAAGAUGAUCAAAUUAUUUUCGGAGAAUUUGCAUGGCCGAAGAAUGCUAAAACAAAUUAUGUCAUUUGGGGAACUGGCAAAGUUGGAGUAACAAAAGAAUACUACACUCUUGACUCCAUCUUGUACUUGCUGAAGAAUGUUCAUCUUCAGCAUCCUCACUACGUCAGAGAAGCUGUUGCUGCAAACAUAAGUGUAGUUCGUCGUCCUGAUAGGAAAGAUUUGUUAGCGUACCUAAAUGGCGAGACCAAUACAGCCAGCAGCAUUGAUAAAAGUGCCCCACUUGAAAUUUCACAACGCCCUACACAAAUUAAAAGAACUGCUGAAGAUGUUGGUGGUGAAAGUGAUAAGAAAAAACCAAGGCUGGAGGAUCCACAAGUGCAGAUUGAAAAAAUGAACUGGAUCAACAAAAUUGAUGGUGGGAGGGAUACAUCUGUCUUACCUUCAAUGGGGUCUUCCUCUCUGCAUGAGGCAAUGCCAUUAGAGAAAAUUGCUGCAAUCAAGGCAAAGAUUUUAGCCAUAAAACGUACUAAAAUAAAAGGCGAUGAUGAUUUGCAACCUGGAGCAUUGGAACAGAGAACUUUCGUGGAUGCUGAGGUGGAUGUGACCAGGGACAUUGUCAGCAGGGAGAGGUUAUGGAGGACAAGGGCCACAAUCCUGCAAAGUGUGGGAAAACAAUUUGCAAAGAACAUAUUCAGCAUUCUUCAGUCAAUCAAGGCAAGGGAGGAAGGCUCCCAGCGCUCACAGAUUCCAACACAGAGUACAGUCCCCACCUCAGCUCCACAGACACGCCCCCCACAGGUAAUAACUGGGUACAACAGAUACGAUCAGGAAAGAUUCAAGGGGAAAGAAGAAACUGAGGGAUUCAAGAUUGAUACCACUGGUACUUUCCACGGUAUGGCGCUGAAGUCUGUGACAGAAGGUGCUCAAGCCAGGAAAAUGCCCCAACCAGCCCCGCAGCCCAUACCACAGGCUGUGCCAGUUGUCCAACCAGUGUCCAGACCCAUUUCACAAGCCAGGCCUCCACCCAAUCAGAAGAAAGGUUCCCGAACACCAAUAAUAAUUAUCCCAGCUGCCUCAACCUCACUCAUCACAAUGUUAAAUGCUAAAGAUAUUUUGCAAGACUUGAAGUUUGUCAGCACAGAGGAGAAGAAGUCUCAGGGAACAAAACGUGAUAAUGAGGUUCUCAUACACAGAAGAAAGGAGGGGGGAUUGACUGUACCCUACAGGAUCAUUGAUAACCCUCUCAAACUCACACAUGAUGAUUGGGAGAGGGUGGUGGCAGUGUUUGUACAAGGUCCUGCCUGGCAGUUCAAGAGUUGGCCAUGGAGCGGAAACCCAGUUGAGAUUUUCUCUAAAAUUAAAGCCUUCCACUUAAAGUGGUCAGAACUUCCCCUUGACAACAAUGUCCAGAAAUGGUCAGUGAACAUUAUGAAUUUGGACAGACAUCGCAGACAUCUUGACAGAGCCACAUUGCAACAGUUCUGGGAAGUCCUUGAUAAGUAUAUGAUCAAAAACAAACCUCACCUGCGUUACUGACCAUUGGACCAAGGACAGUUGUUUACAUUGUAUUCCCAUGUUUGGUAUUUUUUUUCUUCCAUGUUGAUUAAAUCUGUGACAUGACCAAGCUUCAGGUAGCUUUGGUUUAAAAGAAGAAGAAAAAUAAUUUUAAACUUUUUUUCCCCCCUUCCAUGGUGCUGGGCCCAUGCUGAGCAGCUAACUCAUCCAAUUAAGGGCAUCUGCAGAUCCUCAUAGCAUUAGAACUCAUUGUUUACCAAUUCUUUUUACUGAGGGUGUGCCUGCAGUUCCUCUUAGCAUUAGAACUCAUGGUUUACCUAUUCAUUUUACUGAGGACUUACCUGCAGAUCCUCUUGACAUUAGUACUCAUUGUUUUCCCAUAUGCAGCAGCACUUCUAUAAAGUUUGUAUUAUAAGUUACAUUGCUCAUACUUUGAUGAAUCAUGCCAAUCACCACACAUCAUCUCUGUCAACCUGAUAACUCUUCAUGUAAGAAGUUCAUGUAAUGUGUAUACAAUGUCAAGGAUGAAACUUGUUUUUGCAGUUGAUCUUUAUUUUUGAAAUAGUAUAUUAUUUGCUUAGUUACGUUGAAGUCUUGUUGUUAAUAAAUAUGAGAAGCAUCUGAUUUGUAAUUGAACAUUCUGUGAAUAGGCUCUUCUGUUUUACCAAAGACUACCGUUGUUAUAUCUUGGCCAUCUUAUAUGUACCAAUACAAUACUUUUGUCCCAGUUUUUUGUGAUAAGCUGUGUUUGAACAACUGGUGUAUUGAUGGUUUUUUUUUUAACAUGCACUUCAAUGCUGUAAUUGGCCGCAAUGCUAAGGGUACAAUAGUGAAGCCCUAGCAGUUAAAAAAUUUAAGCCUUGGUGGUUCAACUGUUUGAAUCUUCAUAAAAAAAUAUUUUUUUUUGUGUAGAGAAAUUAAAUUGACAUAAUCAUUAAUUAAA